CCCCCAACUAAACCUAGCCCCCUCUCCAAAUACAACCCAGCAGCAGCAAAAAGAAAGAAAGAAAGGGGAGAAGGGAGAUAGCUCGGGAACGAAGAAGAGAAAAGACCACGCCGCAUCCUGCUGCUUCGUCGCCGCCGCAUCUUGCUGCCGUCGCCAUCCAUGUCGCAUGCGAGAGAGCCAUCGAGCUUGAGGGUGAAAGAUGCGCAUGAGAAAGGGAGGAGUCGCACUGCUGCCGCCGUCCAACCCGCCUCAUCAUUGUCGCCAUUUUCGUCACCGCCUCAAGCUCCUCGCGCUUUGUCAUCGUCGCAAGCUCGUCUCCCUUUGUCACAGUCGCAAGGUUUGUUACGCUCUAUCACCGUCGCAAGCUCGUCUUCCUACUUCAGCCAUCAACGCCUCCUUCGCUGUGAGUUGGUCUCUGAGCAAAGUCUUGUAAACAUUGAAGAUGCCAUAUUGAGACAGUUUGAUGAUAAAGAUAUGACAAUUGUUCUAGCAGCUUUAUCAGUUGAUGGCCUGGAAAAUGUAAUAGGUUCUUAUAAGCUAUUUGAUGCACUGCAAAAUGUGCUGAGGAGAUGUAGUAGCCAGCUGCUGUCAGGAGGACAUGAUGUGAAGAAAAUAUGUUCCAUACACUACAACAAAUUCGGGCUGAGACAACCCUUUAAAAACAUUUCCUAUAAUAAGGAAAAGUGUUGUCUUUGAUAAAAGGCAACACUUUCUGACAAAAAGUAACGCUUUUUGGGGGGGGGGUUGGCUAUACGUCCAUUACUGUAUUAAAGGGAACCAUUUUUUAUGGCAACCUUAAAAAAACGUUGUCUUUUUGCAAAUAAAGCAACUCCGCGAAAGAGUUGCCUUAGAGCACCCAAAUCCAAUGCUUUAGAUGAGACGUUAUGGCAACACUUUUUACGAGUUGUAUUUUCUAAUACUUAAAGCAACACUGAGUUUUUUAAGUUUCCUUUUCAUA